GCAAGGAUGUUGUAUGAGGGUGGGCGGCAGCUUGGAGACCACAGGGUCCUCACUGUUUUGUGCAAUGGCAGACUGGUGGGUUAUCGUUGUUGUUUUUCUAGGAAAUAAACAACAACCACAAAACCCCGAUAUUCCUGCCACACAGGGAAUACCAGCCAUCAUGCCAGGGGUAUAGGGACCUGGGUUUGAAGAAUUCUUCCAACCAUUCUGAUGAGGGAAAGCCAGACACCUCUUUCUGUGGUAACUUCAGAAAUCCAAGCAACCUGGGGUUGCGGCCUGCACCAAACACAAGUGAAGAGUGUAUUCCUUCUUUGGGGUGUGCUGUUUUGCAACCGCAGCACCAGCAGACACCAUGUGGAUCCAGGUUCGUACCAUGGAUGGGAAGGUGACCCACACUGUGGACUCACUGUCCAGGCUGACCAAAGUGGAAGAGCUGAGGAGAAAGAUCCAGGAGCUGUUCCACGUGGAGCCAGGCCUUCAGAGGCUUUUCUACAGGGGCAAGCAGAUGGAGGACGGCCACACGCUCUUCGACUAUGACGUCCGCCUGAAUGACACCAUCCAGCUCCUGGUGCGGCAGAGCCUCGUGCUGCCCCCCAGCAGCAGCAGCAGCAGGGAGAAGGACUCUGAGCUCUCCGACACUGUGUCCGACACGGAUUCUGGCUGCUGCCUGGGCCAGAGCGAGUCAGACAAGUCCUCCAACAGUGGGGAGGCAGCCUCCGAGAUGGAUGGGAAGGCAGGCUUGGCAGAUGAAGAAGCUUGGGGAGAGACGGAGCUGGGUCUGUACAAGGUCAACGAGUAUGUGGACGCCCGGGAUACAAACAUGGGAGCCUGGUUCGAGGCACAGGUUGUCAGGGUGACAAGGAAGGGGCUGUCCCAGGACGAGCCCUGCAGCUCCACCUCAAUGCCAGAGGAAGACGUCAUUUAUCACGUGAAAUACGACGACUACCCGGAGAAUGGAGUGGUACAGAUGAGCUCCCGGGACGUUCGGGCCCGUGCACGGCAUGUCCUCAAGUGGCAGGAUCUGGAAGUGGGCCAGGUGGUCAUGCUUAACUACAAUCCUGACAACCCCAAGGAGCGUGGCUUCUGGUACGACGCCAAGAUCACACGGAAGCGCGAAACCCGGACAGCGAGGGAACUGGUGGCCAAUGUCAUGAUCGGGGGUGAUUAUCUCAACGACUGUCGGGUGAUCUUUGUGGAUGAAGUUUUCAAGAUUGAGCGCCCAGGCGAGGGGAGCCCCGUGGUGGAGAAUCCAUUGAGAAGGAAGAGCGGGCCCUCCUGCAAGCAGUGCAAGGACGACGAGAGCAAGGCCUGCCGGGUGUGUGCCUGCCACCUGUGCGGCGGCAAGCAGGACCCCGACAAGCAGCUCAUGUGCGACGAGUGCGACAUGGCCUUCCACAUCUACUGCCUCUGCCCGCCCCUCAGCAGCAUUCCCAAGGAGGACGAGUGGUACUGUCCUGAGUGUCGAAAUGAUGCCAGCGAGGUAGUACUGGCAGGGGAGAAGCUGAAAGAGAGCAAGAAGAAGGCUAAGAUGGCAUCGGCCACAUCGUCCUCCCGACGGGACUGGGGCAAGGGCAUGGCCUGUGUGGGACGCACCAAGGAGUGCACCAUCGUACCAUCCAACCACUAUGGACCCAUCCCAGGGAUCCCCGUGGGCACCAUGUGGAGGUUCAGAGUCCAGGUCAGCGAAUCAGGAGUCCACCGGCCUCACGUGGCAGGCAUCCAUGGCCGGAGCAAUGAUGGGGCCUACUCCCUGGUCCUGGCUGGAGGGUAUGAGGAUGACGUGGACCAUGGGAACUUUUUCACCUACACAGGUAGCGGUGGCCGAGACCUUUCUGGCAACAAGCGGACUGCAGAACAGUCCUGUGAUCAGAAACUCACCAACACUAACAGGGCGCUGGCUCUGAACUGCAGUGCCCCCAUCAACGACCGCAAAGGGGCUGAGGCCAAGGACUGGAGGUCAGGGAAGCCGGUCAGGGUGGUGCGGAAUGUCAAGGGCGGCAAGCACAGCAAGUACGCCCCCGCUGAGGGCAACCGGUACGACGGCAUCUACAAGGUCGUGAGGUACUGGCCCGAGAAGGGGAAAUCUGGCUUUCUGGUGUGGCGCUAUCUCCUGCGGAGAGAUGACGAUGAACCCGGCCCCUGGACCAAGGAAGGGAAGGACCGGAUCAAGAAGCUGGGGCUGACCAUGCAGUAUCCUGAAGGCUAUUUGGAGGCCCUGGCCAGGAAGGAGAAAGAGAAGGAGAACCGCAAGAGGGUGGCUGAGGACACGGAGGAGGAGGAGGAGGAGGAGGAGGACGAGGCCUUCACGUCCCCCAAGAAGGGCAAGGGCAAGCGGAAGAGCAAAUCCACAGGUGGCAAAUCCAGCAGUGGGUCCCCUCGAGGGACACCCAAGAAGAGCAAAGUAGAGCCCUACAGCCUCACGGCACAGCAGAGCAGCCUCAUCAAGGAGGACAAGAGCAACGCCAAGCUGUGGAAUGAGAUCCAGAGGUCGCUCAAGGAUGGCCCGUUUCAGAAAUUCCUGAGCAAAGUGGAGGAAACGUUCCAGUGCAUCUGUUGCCAGGAACUGGUGUUCCGCCCAAUCACGACCGUUUGUCAGCAUAACGUGUGCAAGGAUUGCUUGGACAGAUCCUUCAGGGCACAGGUGUUCAGCUGCCCGGCUUGCCGCUACGACCUGGGCCGAAGCUACUCCAUGCAGGUGAACCAGCCACUGCAGACCGUCCUCAAUCAGCUCUUCCCUGGCUACGGCAACGGACGGUGAUCCUCAAGCACUUGUCACCGGGCGUUUUUUUGGAAACCCCUUUUAAAAGGGAUCUUUAUCCCUUUCUUUUGUUUUUAGCAGGCUUAACUUAAACAUGUAGCUUUUCCCUCUACUUCCUCAAAAGCCUUGUCUUCCUGGUUUUGUUUCUUUUUUCUUUUUUGUAACUAUAAAAUUUCAGGAAUUUGUAUUAUGGUUAAGAGAAAGAAAGUUGGACUUCUCAAGUGUUUUAUUUGGGAUUUUAAAAAACAUAAAGCCUACAUUUUAUCAGCAAAAAAAUUUUUUUUCUGGAGAUGGAAUUAGAAAUGACUUGGCGUGAAGGCCGCUUACGUUCUCAAUGUCAAGUUCUUCAGAAGUUCCUGCCGUUGACUAGCAAGAAAGGGACCUGCUGCUCAGAUCAAUCUUUUCAAGAUUUGUGGUUUUGGCCCUCAAAGGUGAAAGCAGGCACAUCUCCCUGACUACCUUUUUGCAUCUCUUCAUCACCUUUUAACAUCAGACAGAUGUGCCCUGUGGUGGUCCUGGGUGGCCUGGCCGUCAUCCAUCCAGAAGUUGUUGAAAGUAAAGAGGAAAAAUCCUGCCUGGCCCAGUCUGAACUCUUGCCAUGAAGCCAUCCCCACUGGUCUGCUUUUGUGUUUAAGAUCCGCACGCCCAGUCCUCUGUCUGUGUGAACAGAGAGUCGAGGGCACCCGUAACUACCUCUGCUGGACUCCUCCACGUGGGGGCUGGGCGUGCCCCGCCCGGAACACGCCGGAAGCAGACGCAUGAAGCCAUGUUCAAGUGCCUUGGGUUCUUUCUUUCUUUCUAAACAUGGGGGCUUUUUUUUUUUUUUUAAGCACUGAAUUGUCAAAAAUGCCAACCAGAUUAUAAAGCUGGUCAACCCAUUCUUUCCAAUACUGGGUGAGUAUUUGGGGAUGGUUUGAGUUUUGUGAUACUUUAAUAAUUGAAAUUUCAACCCACCAAUUGAGAAUUUACAAGAGGGGAUUUUUUUUCUUUUUAAUGAACACUUUCUAAAUGAAAUUUUUUUUUGUAGUUACUGUAUAUGUACCAAGAAAGCUAUAUAACUUAGGGUUUGGUUGUUUUUGUUUUUUGGGAUGGAUUUGUUAAUUUUUCUAACUUUACCAAAGUUUGCAGCUUAUACCUCAAUAGAACAGGGAUAUUUUAAAUCACAUAACUGCAGACAAACUGGAGCAACAUGUUUUAAACGUUUUGGGUUUUUUUUUCUUAUUAGAUUGUUAAUGUAUUAGGAAAAACAACAAAAUCCUGUGUAGGCUUUUUCUAAUAAUUUCAAUAUUCUUUGUCCAGAUUUUAGAUUCUUAAAAUAAAUGUU